ACCCGGCGGCGGAAAAUGACGCUGGCGGCGACGGCGGCCGCGGCGGCGUUGCUGCUCGUUCUUGGCCCGGGCGACGCCGGGGAGGCGGGGGACGGCGACGCCGGCGCCGGCGCGGUAACUUGCGGCUCGGUGGUGAAGCUGCUGAACCCGCGCCACGGCGUCCGCCUGCACUCGCACGACGUCCGAUACGGUUCCGGCAGCGGACAGCAGUCCGUGACGGGAGUCACAAGCGUAGACGACAGCAACAGCUACUGGCGAGUUCGGGGCAAGUCGUCCAGUCUUUGCAAAAGGGGCACUCCGGUAAAAUGCGGGCAGGCGAUCCGUUUGACCCACAUCAACACAGGCCGCAACCUGCACAGCCACCAUUUCACAUCUCCCCUUUCGAGCAACCAGGAAGUCAGUGCCUUCGGGGAGGACGGGGAGGGGGACUUCCUGGACGACUGGACGGUCCUGUGCAAUGGCAAGUAUUGGGAGAGGAGAAGUGAGGUGCAGUUCAAGCAUUCUUCCACGGAUGUGCUUCUUUCGGUCACUGGGGAGCAGUACGGGCGGCCUAUCCAUGGGCAGAGGGAAGUGCACGGCAUGGCUUACUCCAGCCAGGACAGCUACUGGAAAGCCAUGGAAGGGAUCUUUGUGAAGCCUGCAGAAUUGCUGAAGGCCGAGCUCUACCACACAGAACUAUGACCCCCACGGGACAUUCUCACAUGCCCGCAGCCUGAGGCCAUCAAGCCUGUUGAGUUCCCAGGUUGCGGUUUGGUGGCUGAGACGUCGGCGCGGCAGACCCUGCCUGGCUGCUGAGAUGUGCCCUUUUCCGCCACCUGCAAAGGACAACGGUGUUUCCGCUCUUGUUCUCAGCACACAGUCCAUUGCUGACAUUCAAGCAUGUGGGUGUUCUGGGAAUCAGCCAUAAAUAAACGUUGAAUAUUCAAGCA